UGAAAGAUGUCUCUCAUCACAACUGUAAAUUUUUGAUGUUAAGAUUUCCUUUACUCAUCCUUUUUUGAAUUUUUUUUCGUAAAAGAAGAAGCAAAUAUUAACUAUGUACGGGAAAAAGAAAACACUAGGGUAUGGAAAAUAAGCAGCCCUCAUGCAAGAAAUCUUUAGUACCCGACGAAAAAUUGAAACGCAAAGUUUACCACGACGCUAUUGCCGGACAAUCAAACUGUUAUAAUAAACCUCUAUUUUUAGAAAUAGUUCAUAAAGGACCCCAUAAGAAUGAUUCACAGAAGGUUUUAGUUUCAAUAAAACCUCGAACCCCAGCAAUCAAGACUCUGUACGUCGCUGAAAAGUGUAGAUUUCGAUCCAAAAAGCAUUCUGUAAUAUCUGGCUCUCAACUGGCAAUAGGAGAUCAUUCAUCAUUUACAAGCCGUAUCACUCAAGAUGAGUCUAGUGUAAAUAAUGAUAUCAACUGCCUUACAAAGCAUAGUAAUACAACAGAAGUUCAGUAUAAUAUUAGAAACUCACUGACCAACAGUGUACAGGCAAAGACCACAAUUAGUACUGGCAAUUGCACUUCAGAAAACGUUUCACAAGAUGUGUCAGAUUACAAUACCGAAAUUACAUUCGAAGGAUAUUUUGCUACUCAGCCAUGCCCUAAUACAAAUAAACUAGAAACCGUGAAUGAAAAUUCUAAAGUAAAUCCGUACAAAGUAAAAUUAAAUACAGUUAUUGCAAACACAUGUAAUACUUCUGAAAAUAUAAUAUCACCAUCAAUAGAAAACCUUAUUAAUAUUAACAGAAGAAUAGAUUCUCUUGAAAGAAAAAUUGUUAAACAGGAAAUGGUUGUUCGAUCUUUGAGUCCACAUGCUCUGAUAUCAUCAUCCGAAGAUGAUGAAAAAGCUAAUAAGGCUAAGAGUCCUGUGCAACAUCCAGGAUCUCCUGGUUGUAGUUAUGUUGAGUACAGCCAUAUACCAGGGACCUCCGCUUUUCAGCGAUACGCUCAAGCUGCCCCACUCUCCCCAAGUAAAGCAACAACAAUACAAAAAGAACAUAAUUCAGAACAAUAUGGCCGUGAUUUUACUCUAUACGAUGGUAUUACAUCUCGUGGAAGAAGGCAAUGUGCCUCUGUGCCAUGUAAACGCGAUGAAGUCCCGAAAGUAGCUGCGGAACGAGUUCAUAAGAUAAGACAUAAACUUAACCCAGUAAGGGAUUAUAGAUUAAUGGAUACUGUUCACUAUCUCGCUCAGGGAGAAUUUGCUCCUAGAGAUGAUGGCAUUAAGCUGACACCGUCACGGGAAGCAGUUUUAAGUGAUAUUAUUUGGGAAGACGUGUGUCGUACGCACUGGCCUAACACUCGUCUGGCCCGAAGGUUAGCUCAUUCCGAAAGAUGUGGAACAAGAUCUGAUUUGCAAAGGCUAAUUGAUAGCUUAUUAAGAGAGCGUAUAGCGCAUGUUGAGCGACGUCGGAGACGACACUAUCGAAUUGUAAAACUUAACAACCGUCACGAAAAUUGCCGCCCCGUAGGUAAAACUGGAGAUAUUAUUGUGGCUAGUCACAAAAGCCGACAUGAGAAUGAUGAUAGAGAUAGCCCAAUUAGUGAACAUACUAAACCUAUCAGUCUAGAAAGACGCAACAACGAACGACGACCGUGUAAAACUAAUAAGAGCCAAGAACAAUUGAUGUAUGCGAAAACAAAACCGCGACGGAAAUUUAAUCCAGAACAGUGUACUGCGGGACCAAGUUAUGCCAAACGACGAUCCAGUCCAAAAACAUCAACAUGUUGUUACACAUCAAAAACUGUAAAUAAGAAGAAUAUGCAUGCACAACGACACAACUGUAGCCGUUACGAUACAAGUACCAUAAGUGGCAGUAGUGUAACCACAGGAAAAGUUCACCCAAAGCAUCCUCGCCUUGUCGUCAAGAAGAGCUCCGGUCGUCGGAAAUAUCAAGUGAAGGAGCCUAAUCUUGAGCAUUUUAUAUUACUACCUACGUUAGUAGUGCGCACACCGUCGAAUAUGAAAAGGCAGAAAAAAUUUAAUGAACUUUAUCACAGGAUUUUGAACGUACAAACAGAAAUUAAUGAUGGCGUAAGCCCCGGAAGAACUCCCAAGUCAACCAUGGCGACAAAAGAUAUUGGUUUCAAUGUAAACAUAAACAUAUCAGACACGAGUUAUGGAGAGGAUGCAAAGGAAUAAAUGAUUACAUAGAGCAUUUUUCACCAUCUACUUACUAUUUAUUCAAUUUUUAAUGAGAAAAACUACAGCAAUAAACAAUUAACUAAAAGUA